UUCCUAAAUCAGGAUAGAGUACAACAGGCAAGUGAUGUCACAAGAUUGACAUCAGCAGAAGAUCUUCUAAGGUGACAGUGCCAUCUGUUCAUAAUAUUAUGAUACAAUCUUGUUAGCUCACUUGAACCAAUGGCUUGAGGUGAGCUUCUCUGAUAGAAUUUUAUGUCAUGUUGUCUUUGUCAUGGUAGUUUUUUUUUUCUUUUUUCUUUUUCUUUAAAUUCUUCUCCAGAACCAUAUGGUCAAUUUAAACAAACUUUGUGCAUAGUAUCCUUAGGUAAAGGGCAUUCAAAUGAAGGGUCAUACUGUUUACCAAGCUUUAAGUUUUACAUUAGAAUAGAUAAAUAUAAAAUUUGAAAAUCUUUCCCAAGAACAAGGGUUCAAUUUGUUUGAGCAACCUCAUGUAAUGUAGAUUGUAGUUUGUUCAAAUCAUGUCCCCAAGGCCUUGGGCAGGGCCAUACUAGGGGGUUUAAUAUUUUAUGUAGGAAAAUUUAGAAUAUUUUAAAGUAAACUGUUCUUUUUAAAAAUCACCGGGAUUAUACCGUUUAAUGUCAUGUAGUGCACAUCCCAUUCAACAGAGUGGGUCCAUGAUGGUGAUUUAAAGGCUUUAAUCCUUGUAUCAGCAAGGUAACUCAGGUGAGCAGUGUGGCCCAUUGAACAAUUGUAUUAGUAAUAAAUAUGUACACACGAGCAGAAGUUAAUUGUCAGAUUACAGAGAAAAGAUUCAUAUUUUAUUCUAUAGUACAAGUUUUAAUGACUGAAAUUUAUUGAAUUUCAAAGAGCUUUAGGUGACUUUACAGUAUGUCUGCUCUGCUAGAAGUAUUAAGUAAGCAAAGACGAGCACCCCUUCAUUCACAUGUUUUUUGUUAUUCAUAUUCAAUUUGUUAUAAACUGAGCAAGGUGUUGCCAGGAUUUUAUGUGCUUUUAAGGUUUUUAGUGGUACAUGUCAUUUUUAAUCGAUUGUGACUUGCAGUAGUUUUAUUUCAGAAUAUUAAAUAUAAAAAAAAUUGUGAAAAAUAAUACUGCAAGAUGAUAAACAAUUGGAAGCAAGCCAGAUCUCUUAAGGAGGUAUUCUACGCCAGGGAAAUUUGAUAUGGAUGAACAGUGGAGGAUGUGUACAACAAAAUUUUGAAAAUGAAAACUUUCAAAUUUACUUUAUUUAGUCAAAAAGUACAGUUUUAGUUGAAAACAAUCUGAGAAAAAUUUAAAACCCUGCUGGACUCGAACACGUGAUCUACAGUUCAGCAGUCAACGUGCUAACCUACUGAGCUACUCAGCUAGGCAAGAAUAUUUUAAAUGAGUAGUGAUGGGCAAUCGGGAAAAAAUAAUUAAUCGAUGAUCGGAUUAAUCGGAUGCACCUUUUCGAUUGAUUAAUCGAAAAAUAAUCGAAUUUUAUUCAUUUCAAAUUUAUGGCAUAAAUAUAUUAAAUUUACUUUAUUUUUUACCCUAAACAUUAAGUUAAUUAGAAUAAAAUCAGAAGAUUGAUUGAUUGUAUCUUGUUUAACGUCUUUCUCUCGAUCGAUUGAGAUUUUUCACUCAUAUGGAGACGUCUAAAAUCAUUAGAAAUUUGAAGUUAAUAAUCCCAUACUUUCGAUUUUGUUUUGUCGUGAUAAGGAUAGAUCUCUCAUUUUUUGUUGUUGUUCUUAUGGGAUCCAGUAUAGAAUAGAGCCUCAAUACCCCUUGCUUGUAUGAGGCAAAAUCUGAGGCCCCGGGCCAUGUCACAACAGGUGUGGCUCGAUAAAGAUCCCUCCCUGCUCAAAGACUGUAAGCGCCGAGCAUAGACCUAAAUUUUGCAGCCCUUCACCAGCAAUGGUGAUGUCUCCAAAUGAGUGAAAGAUUCUCAAGAGGGACAUAAAAACAAUAUUCAAUUUUAUUGGACGAUUCAGCUUCGUCAGCCAUUUUGGGUUUUAGUUAAGUCGCGGCAGGAAUAUUCGUAUUAUUUAAAAAAUAUACCAACGUUGGCGAUUUUCGAUUUUCAAAAUGGCAAUCGAUUAUUCACAUUGUUUCAGUUAUAGCGACCGACAAUCGAAAGUCGGCGAUAAUCGGUACAUCACUAUAAAUGAGUAGACAAAUAUAACUGAUAUUUAUAUUUUCCACCAUGUUUUAAAAGGAAGUCUGCCAUUAUGAUGAUGUAGAGUACCUCCUUAAGUUUUUGUGGUACAUGUCAUUUUUUAAUCGAUUGUGUCUUGCAGUAGUUUUAUUUCAGAAUAUUAGAUAAAAAAAAUUGUGAAAAGUAACACGGAAGGAAGCCAGAUAUCUAUACUGAUAUUUGUUUGGACUAUUGGUCUAAGACUUAUAUACAAUGUGCUAAACUAGACAAGGUUUAACAAGGAUAUUGUUGUAAGUUAUUUUUAUAUCUAUGUCAUACUGGCUUACUAAACUGACUGUUACCCUGAACAGGAAGAUUAAUUCUGUGUACCGGUAAAUAAAGUGUUGUGUGUGCAUGAUAUAUGAAAACUUGAGCACGUAUCACUGAAGAGUACUCAUUGUGAAAUCCUCUACAUGAAGAACGCGAGGAGCGUCGCUCUGGUCAUUCUGGCCGUAGUUCUGUUACAGAGAUUCCGAUGGUUUCAGACUGACCUGCCUCCCACUUUUGGGGGUUCCGUCCAUCCGGCCUUCCAAAAAGUCUACGAUGUAUUCAGGGAAAAUAUCGAAACAAACCAGGAGAAGGCGGCCUGUUUUUCUGCUUAUUACAAAGGUAACUUAGUGGUGGAUCUGUGGGGCGGGUACGCGGACAUAGAGACAGCACAGACGUGGCAAGAAAACACCUUAUCCAUCAUGUUCUCAUCCACUAAGGGAGUCACGGCGGUGCUGGCGGCUCUCUUCGUCCAAAAGGGCUAUUUAGACUAUAAGAAGUUGGUCACCCAUUACUGGCCAGAGUUCGGAAAAAACGGGAAGGAGAACGUGACUGUUGAGAUGUUAUUGAGUCACCAGGCAGGACUGUCUAUUACAAAUGGAACUAUUGAUAUCAGACUUCUCCGGAAAGACCCAAGAAAAGUUGAAAAGUUUCUGGAAGACCAAAGACCGAUCUGGACUCCAGGUACCGCCUAUUCCUACCAUGUAAUAACGUUUGGAAUGUAUGUCGAUGUGUUGUUAAGGAAGGCGGAUCCAAAACACAGAAAUAUUGACCAGAUCUUUCGAGAAGAAAUAGCGGAGCCCUUUGAUAUUGACAUUCACUACGGAAUGCCACGGAGUGAGCUGUAUCGUAAUGCUCGUUUUGUUCCGCUGACGUUGACGGGUGUCGUAAAACACACCUUUCAAACACUUAGUCUCGAUCAACUCCAGCUCUUUUUCACGAUCAUUAACCCCAUGUCUAUGUUUAUGAGAGCUAGUUAUUCUGGAUUCAAUCAAGAACUUACAUUUUCAGCUUUCAACAAUCCUGAUUUAAACCAAAUUCCUUUAACCUCAUUCCUGGGAUUUGGGAAUUCUCGAUCGUUGGCGAAACUCUGGGGGAUUGUGGCCAAUGGGGGGACCUACAAGAAUAAGACCCUCCUCACACCAGCCAUGAUUGAUCUUCUGGAAACCCCAGUCACUAGUGGCCGAAGUGUGGACGGACUUUUCAAUAUUUCGGUUGGGCGGGGUGUUUUCUUUUUAUCCAUACCACAGAGUCGCUAUGCAAUUGGCCACCCCGGAUAUGGUGGACAGACGGCGUACGCAGACGCCAGGAAUAAAGUGGGGAUAGGAUAUCUCACAAGUUACCUCAAGUCUUUUACCUUUGGGGAUGACGUUCAGUUUCUUCAAUUUGAAAACGGCUUUGAUGAUAUGACAACUACGGAUAUAGAUAACAUGGACAUGGAGGAAUGUAAUGGUGUAGUAGAAAGUGCUGGUCUGAAAGUUCAGACUGAAGAGACAGUUCAGUCCACAUCUUCCACUCACAAAAAAACUGAAGAGACAUUUCAGUCAGCGUCCGCCACUAUCAACGAGACUGAAGAGACAUUUCAGUCAGCGUCCGCCACUAUCAACGAGACUGAAGAUGAACAUGUGACAAAUGACAAAGAGAGACAUGAAUCUCAUCCACCAUCAAUAACAUCUUUUGAAAGUCAAACUCUGCCUUUAUCAAAUACAAAAGCUGGAGAAGGAAAUGAAACUAUUGUUGGUCACUGUGAUCUCCAUAAGGAUAAUGAGAUAAAGGAAAAUCUAAAGGCGUCUCAAGACCUACUGAUAUCUUCCAACAACGAUGAAGUGAAUCAUCCUGCGUCUUCCAUGAUCAAUGAAGCACAAUCGGUAUCAUCAGAGACAACAGGAAAUAUUGAAUCAGGUCCGUCGGGCGUUUUGCCAGCCAAUCCAUCGCAACCCAUAACAGAUGAGCAAACUGUGACAGAUGUUGAGGUCAAUGGGACUAUUGACAGAGCACUUGAUUCAACAUACAGAGAGAAACAGGAUGAAUCUGCUGAAUCCAGCAGUGAUUCUGAAGAUUCUGUGGUAUUAGUUCAGGAGGAGCAGCAAAAAUGUAUUGUUAUUGAAUCAGAUGACCAAGAGGAAAAUAGAUCUAAAGGAAAGAAAGACAGUGAAGUAAGAACAAAGGGAGAGUUAUAUCCUGAUGAGUUACCUCCCAUUGAUGAGCUGGUUAUCACCGUUGACCCAAAUGUUGAACUUGUGCAUACAGGAAGUAUAACAGGGAUUGUGGGAUGUCUGGCGAUUGUGAAGGCCAAUCAGAGUAUCCCCCCUCUAAAUGAGAAUACCAUUCUAUUUCUGGAAGGAAGAGUCGUGCUUGGUCAGAUCUUUGAGGUGUUUGGUCCUGUUGGAUCCCCAUGGUAUUCUGUCAGGUUUAACAGUACCACAGAUAUUGAGAGCAAGUCCCUCUGCUGUGGACAGAAGGUGUACUGUGCUCCUAAGGUGGAGAAUCUCACCAACUACGUGUUUGUGGAACAUCUCAGGCAAAUGAAGGGAUCAGAUGCAUCUUGGGAAGACAAUAAUGAACCCCCAUCAAAGUAUGUUGACUAUUCUGAUGACGAAGAAGAGAGGAGAGCCAAAGCAAAGGCCCGUAACCGUGGUAAUGAGGAAGAUGGUCAUCAGCUUCCUGGAGCAAAGAAAGUUCGCAGAAGAAGACAAAGAGAUAGGCAUUCAUUUAGCAAGAAUGGAACAGAAGAGACAAAUCUGGCAGAUGUUGGAGACAGAACAUCCAGCAAUCCAUCCCAUACAAAUCAGAGAGAGCACAACAGCAAUCUGUCUGGUCAAGGGAGAAACUUCAGUCCGAGGGCAGGAAGACACCAGAGCCAACCCCGAAUGGAGUACCAGUCCUUCCAGCCAUUCGGAGCACCUCCAAGGUUUCCACAAAUCUCUGAGAAUCAAAACAAUCUUGCAGUGUAUCAAAAUGGUGGACCAGUCAGACAGCCUGUCUUCCAGCCCAGAUACCCGGAUCCUAAUGUUCAGAACUGGAGCAACCAAUCUCAAAAUCAAACCGUCUGGAAUCAGAAUAUGUAUCCCAGCAUGAAUACCACACAACCAAUGAAUUACCAGUACUGUGGGCAGAACCAGACUAUCAGAACAUCACAAAAUGGAGGACCAUAUUACCCACAAUUCAGUGGAGGAAUUCCCAAUAUGUCAUUGCCCCCACCCCCACAUUUUGGACAGCCACCUCCUGUGUUCAAUCGACCAAUGUUGACCGAUCAGAGAUACAUUCAGAAUUCUGCAUUCCAGCAGACUCCAAGGCCACAAUAUGAUCCCAAUGUUCCUCCGCCAAACUUUAAUGUGGAAUAGAAUAGCCAAAGGCAUUUCAUCAUUUUUAUUUUAAAAAUAACUCAUUCAAGAUAUAUAUGUCAUGUGUUUUGAUGUAUUCUAUGUGCAAAGGCUAUGUAUCAUUAAAAUACAAUACAUAUA